AUGGCGUUAAUCCGAUCAAAACUCCGUCUUUCUCAAACCCUUUCCUUCAUCUCUCCUCGUUUACCCAAACCCUUCACCACCUCCGCAACUUCUCUAAACCACGACCAUGAAAACGACGAAUCCGCCGCCUCCGUCGCCGUCGAAUCUACCCCUGCCUCUCCUGUGCUAACUCCGGAAGAUACAAAAACUGUAGAAAAAUUCCAUUCCAUCAUCAAAGAUCACUACCGCAAAAACCCUACUAACCCCAUCGACGUCGUCUUAAACCCUAGCUUCACCCUCCCUUCUCUCUCCCUCCGUCGUGCGAUGCGUGAUAGAGAAGUGCGGCGGUGUCCGCCAUGGAAUCCCUCUCCUCCAAUCUCUAGCUUUCUUCAAUUGGGCCACUUCACGAGACGGAUACGACCACAAAUCGCCUCAUCCUUACAACGAAAUGAUCGAUCUUGCCGGCGUUACGUUAGAGCUGGAUUAGCUUCAGAGGCUGUACAUUGCUUUAAUCGUAUGGAAGAUUACGGAUGCGUUCCGGAUAAAAUCGCUUUCUCUGUAGUCAUUAGUAUCUUAUCUAGAAAGAGAAGAGCUAAUGAAGCUCAGUCAUUUUUCGAUAGCUUGAAGGAUAGGUUCGAGCCAGAUGUUAUAGUUUACACUAAUUUGGUUCGUGGUUGGUGCCGAGCUGGUGAAAUCGCGGAGGCAGAGAGAGUGUUCAAGGAGAUGAAACUGGCAGGGAUUGAAUCAAAUGUGUAUACUUUUAGUAUUGUGAUCGAUGCGUUGUGUAGAUGCGGGCAAAUCAGCCGUGCGCAUGAUGUUUUUGCGGAUAUGAUUGAUUCGCGUUGUGCUCCAAACGCCAUUACUUUCAACAACUUGAUGAGGGUUCAUGUGAAAGCAGGAAGAACGGAGAAGGUUUUGCAGGUUUAUAACCANAUGAAGAAGCUAGGUUGCGAGCCCGAUACUNUAACUUAUAACUUCCUCAUCGAGACUCAUUGCAGAGACGAGAAUCUUGAAAACGCGGUCAAGGUUUUGAACACGAUGAUNAAGAAAAAAUGNGAUGUGAAUGCUUCUACUUUCAAUAUGAUAUUUAGGUACAUCGAGAAGAAGAGAGACGUGAAUGGUGCGCAUAGGAUGUAUUCGAAGAUGAUGGAAGCAAAGUGUGAGGCGAAUACGGUGACUUAUAAUAUACUGAUGAGGUUGUUUGUCGGGUUGAAAUCUACUGAUAUGGUUUUGAAGAUGAAGAAGGAGAUGGAUGGGAAAGAAGUUGAGCCGAAUGUGAAUAUUUAUAGGCUUUUGGUUACAAUGUUUUGUGGAAUGGGACAUUGGAAUAAUGCUUAUAAGUUCUUUAGAGAAAUGGUUGAAGAGAAGUGUUUGAUAUAUGAGAUGGUUCUUACUCAGCUAAGAAAAGCUGGACAAUUGAAGAAGCAUGAAGAGUUGGUGGAGAAGAUGAUUCAGAAGGGACUCGUUGCGCGGCCAUUGUAG